AUAAAAAGCGAGUCGACUCCAUAUUUCGACAGUCAAUUCAUUCACACUUUUCUGGUGAAGGAAGUGAUCCGCCAAUUUAUUUAUUUAUUUAUUUAUUGUCACUUAAUUGGGGACAUUUUCGGAUUAUUAUUCACAGGCAGUCAGUCCACCCCGUCGUCACUUUUAUCAUGAUGGGGAUGACAUGGAUAUUCGUCGUCGUCGGCGUCCUUGCCUCCACGACGAGUGCGGUGCCAUAUCCGGGCGACUUCCUGCCCACGCCAAAGUCCUACUCGGGCUACUCCCUCCUUCGCACGGAGCCCCUGUUGAGGGAGGACCUCGCCAGAUCUCUCCUCAUUUUGGACGGGAUGAGAGGCAUCCACUUUUGGAAGUACCCCCUCGUCAACCGCUCCUCUGACAUACUGACCUCUCCCGCCCAACUGGAGCACAUCCAGGCCCUCCUCGCCACACUGGGCGUUAGUCAUGACGUCAUUAUUGAUGACGUGAAGGACCUCCUCGCCAAGGAGAAUGAUGUCGGAGUGAACGGAUACUCGGCGUUGGAGGAAGAGUUGGAGAGAGCGGUGCCAGAUAAAUCCUUCUUCCAACGGUAUCAAAGAUACGAAGCGAUCAAGAACUACGCGAAAACAUUGGCGAGUCAAGAUUCGCGUGUGACGUAUGAAAAUAUUGGGAGUUCGAGUGAAGGGAAAGAGAUCGGACUGGUCAAAAUAUCCUCGGGAGGUGGAAACAAGCCCGCUAUUUGGAUCGAUGGUGGAAUGCACGCUCGGGAGUGGAUUUCGCCAGCCACUGCGACCUACAUAAUGUCCAAACUGACCAACAAAGAGCCCGCGUCAGAGUCUCUGCUCUCCUCCUUUGACUUUUACAUCGUCCCCAUCAUCAACGUGGACGGGUACGAGUGGACCCACACAGGAGACAGGAUGUGGAGGAAGACGCGAUCCAGGAACAAUGGGCGCUGCAUUGGUGUGGACCCAAACCGAAACUGGGGAUUCCAUUGGGCGGAGCAAGGCUCUUCGACGGACCCCUGUUCUGACAUUUAUCACGGACCGAGAGCAUUCUCCGAACCGGAAACGUUAUCCGUCGCCCGGGCCAUUAAAGCCAGACCAAACAUUAAACUCUACCUGACCUUCCACUCUUACUCCCAACUCUGGCUGGUGCCCUACGGUUAUGCGAGAAACACGAGGCCUGUAGAUUACAACGAGCUAGUCCGUCUCGCACAGGUUGGAAAGAACGCCCUGUCGGCGACGUACGGGACAAGUUAUCGUCUCGGAACGGCGCCUGACCUGUUGUAUCCUGCAGCUGGAGGGUCUGAUGAUUGGGCGAAGGGAAGCGCUGGGAUAAAAUAUGCCUACUGUUUGGAACUGAGGGACACUGGGCGGUACGGAUUUCUCCUCCCAAGCAAUCAAAUUGUGCCAACGGGGGAAGAAACGUUCAAUGGAUUGGCCGCCAUGGCGAAAGAGUUACACAGAACGUUGAAGAAGCAGCAGACACGGCCAGUGGGAGGCCCCUACGUCAAUGCGGACAAAGAGCUAAACUCGCCAAGUGGUGGGGAAGCGGAAUAUAAAUUAUAAUAAAUAUGUCGAUGGCUUGCUGUACACGAAAUGCUAUGCUUUCCUCUAAAUUUUCUCUCUAAAUUAGUUUUCAUUAAUUUUGGUUACUUUACUUACCUCUUUUUUCUUGAAUGCUCCGUACAACUUUUGGUUAUCUUCUUGGUACGCGGUCAAGAGGUUUUCUUGCUUGGUCAGUUCCGCUUGAAGGUGAGCAAUCUUGGUUUCGUUGUCUAAAUCUGUUAAUUCUCUGGUGCUGAUGUCACCACCACCACCACGGUUCUUCCCUGGUGAGGAUGGGAUGUCACUAACACUUCUUUUACCCAUUGUCUGCUAUGGAUAGAAAACAAAGUUUUAUUUUGAAAAAAAGUCCUUAUUAUUUUUGUAAUUAUUGAAAUAAAAUUUGACGAAAUAAAUUGAAUUUUAUGUCUUGAA